AUGCCCCCAGUCGACGACAUCCAGAUUGGUGACCUGGUGAAUGUCCCAGGUGGCAUGUAUGGGACCGUCAAAUACCUGGGCCCUGUAGCAGGCAAGCCUGGACGGUUUGCCGGUGUCGAGUUGGCUGGUGAGCAUGCCGAACGAGGGAAGAACAGCGGAGAUGUGGAUGGGAAAAGAUACUUUGCUACGUCUGUUCCAGGAUCAGGUAUCUUCGUUCCCAUUAACAACAAUAGAUAUAUCACAAAACGAGUCGGGACUCCCCCUACGCCGACGCCUACGCGAAGUGCUACGGUGAAUUUCAGCAAAUCCGUCGGGCCUGGUGCCAGUGUGCCUCGACCGCAGUUCAGACGACCUUCUCUGCCCCGAGAUGGUUCCCCCCAUACAACCACAACUUCUCGGCCCAAGCCUGGGUUUGGAAGUCUGCGCACACCGUCCAUGGGAACAAGACCAGGUGCCAGUCCCACUACGCUUUCUCGUCCACGCAGUCCUAUGAAAACACCUUCUCGUCUAGCCACCCCUCGCCCACCAUCCCGAGUAAGCACGGAAUCGGAGACUCCAACAUCUUUACGAAUCUCUGAUCCUUCUUCUAUGCUGUCUGCGCCGGGAGAAGUGCAUGAGUUAAGGGAGCGGGUCAAGGCUCUGGAGACGCAACUUCGGGAGCGUGACAAGCAGCUGAACGAACAGGCAUCAACCCUGGCCGAAUUUCAACGGACUAUCGAGGACUUGGAGGGAUCAGAUGCUCUCUCGAUUCGGGCACAGCUGCGCGAGAAGAAUGAGAAGAUCGCUCAGCUAACCUCAGAGUUCGAUAACCACCGGGCAGAUUUCAGGAGCACCCUAGACACGCUGGAAGUGGCGGCAUCAGAGACGGAGCGAGUCUACGAACAGCGUAUUGAGGAGCUCAUGCAACAGAACAAAGAGCUAAUGGACCACGGAGAGGAUGUCGAGAUUGUUGCUGGACAACUCAAGCAACUUGAAGAGCUGGUAUCUGAAUUGGAGGAAGGACUGGAAGAUGCAAGGCGUGGGGAGGCAGAAGCAAGAGCCGAAAAUGAGUUCCUACGAGGCGAGGUGGAAAGGACAAAGCUCGAACUGGAGAAGGAGCGCGGAGACUCAGCUGCAGCACUGAAAGACGCGAACGGACACCGACACGCAAGGGAACUAGAGCAGAAGGACGACGAGAUUCGUGGUCUCAAAGCCAUAAUCCAUUCCUUGAGUAGAGGGGACACCAACGUGACGGCCUUGCUUCAAAAUGGGAACCAUGAUGCGGAACGCAUUGCUGAACUGGAGCAUCGCGUCCAAGAAUUCGAGCACGCCACUGAAACUAAAUCCCACCGCAUCGAGGAACUGGAACGGGAACUACAACUGCUGCAGCUGAACAGCAACAGCCAGCACAGCCGCAGUUCCACGGUCACCGUCUCUCCCUCGAAUCAGCACGCGUCAACCAAGUCAACAGGGUAUGUUGAAAGCAUGGGCGUCGGCCAUUCUCACAAGCUGUCCGAUCGCACCGUGGUGCCGAAUAGCCAAGAAGAUUUCACUCGCAGUGAUAGUGUCCAUUAUCUGAGUGGUUCUUUCAGUCGUGCGGAACCCGUGCAUGUGCCUGCAGGCUCGGACGAUGGCUCAGCGCUGUGGUGUGAAAUCUGCGAAACGAACGGCCAUGAUAUCCUGAACUGCACCAAUAUGUUCGGCCCUGGUGCUGGAAGGAAUGGCAAUGGCAAUAGCCUGCGUCCCGUCCAGGGACCCCAUGAUGAGAAUUCCUUGAGUCGAUCGCACUCUCCUCUUAGUGAUCAAACUCCGCCCGGGUCAACCCAGCCCAAUGGCUUUGACCAUCUCGGAAUUGGCUCCACCCCUCGGAAGACUGGUCGAGAUGCUGCCAUCGGGGGACUGCGAGGUAUCGGGGGCCUACUUAAUUCCAUGGCCCCCGUUGCAGGAAAGGCAUCAGGAGUUAUCGAUGAAUCAAAGUGGCACAAAAUACCUUCACUCCCAACCUAG